CAAAUAGUACUACUUUUUUGUUUACCAAAUGGGAAAAGUGAUUAUAACCCAAAGAGCAGAUUAAAAUUUUGCUGAAUUUCCUUAGCUCGCAAAGGCCCAAGGGUUUAACCUUUCCCCUAGCAGACAGCCCCAAGUGAAGCGCCUCCUCUUCUCUCAGCAAAACAGAAAACAUGGCUGAAGAUGAACGCAAGGAGGAAGUGGGAACCACAAUUGUAGAAGGAAGAGACAAAGAUGAUGGUGAUGAACAAGAAGAAAAAGAGGAAGGAGAAGCGAUGAAGCCAUGGGAGCAGCACUCAGCAGUGAUAAGCAUCCCUCGUUUCGAUUACAAGGCUUCUUCUUCCCUCCUUCGCCAUUCCCAUUCUGCCUUUCUCAUCACUUGCCCCAUCAAGAGGGAGAAAAGUGCAACAAAAGAAGCUAUAGCUCUCCUUGAAAAGUAUAUUGUUUCAAAUCCUGAUGCUAAGAGAAGGAAAAUAUGCAUGGAAGAUGCUAAUGAAGAAUGCAAUGGAUCAGGAGAAGGUGCAGUUAAUGAACAUGUGAAUUCUGAAUCCGGCACUUCUAUAGAGAAAAGUGACAUUCUCUCACUUGUUAAGUUAACAAGAAGCGGAUUGCUUCUCUUUACAUUUCCAUUCGGCAAGUCCCCAGCAGUUGUUGACAUCGUUUCGCAGAUUUUUCAAUCCCUAGAAUCUGGAAUAUUGAAGUCUCCUCUUUGGUGCAAUCGGAUAUUACCAAUUCAAGGUACAUGCCCUUUAGAGGAGAAGGAACUUAAGAAGAUUGUGACACAGCUCGUUGAUCAGUUUAUGACCAAUAGGCAGAAGGAGACUGGAAAUACUGUUAAGUUUGCAGUUGGGUAUAACAGGAGAGGGAUUGAGGAGACUGAGAUGAAGAAUCUGAGAAAAGCUUGUAGCGAUCCUGAUGUAUUUGCUUUGUUGGACCGCAACAAAUGCUUUAGCGUCGUGGCAGCAGCAGUGAAAGAAGUUGUCCCAGAUUCGAUAGUGGAUUUGAAAGAACCAGAGCUUUCUGUGCUUGUUGAGGUACUUCCACUUUCUAGAGUACCCGAUAAGGCCAUAGUUGGUGUGUCGGUUCUUCCACGAAUGCUUGUUAGUACAAAGCCUCGGCUCUGCGUCAAGGCCUUAGUCGUCUCAGAUACAACAGAGAUGAAAGGGAAGAAAAGAUAACAAUAUCUCCAUGAACAGGAUGCAUAUCUUCAAUUUUAUGUCGAUUACCUGCUGUUAUGUUGCUACUAUUGAGUGUAUGGCCAGAUUGGAGCUGCUACUUGAUUCUGCACUAUUGGGAACCAGUACAUGAUACAUUUGGUCUUUCUCAGAUAUAAAUAUUUAAUGUGUUGUAUUGACUCGCACUUCAAGACCACACCUUGCAGUGUAGUAAUUUAUUCUGAGCAGAUAGUUAAUUGCAGUAACUAGGAAAGUAAGUUGUGUUCCAUAUAUCCAAAUAGAACUUGGAAUUAAAACCAA